GUCUACAAGAGGACUUUCAUCCUGUAUACUGUCGUCUUCGUCACUACUUCCGUAAUUGACUAAACUUGCCAUCUUGGUGGUGUUGCAAACUGAAGUUGUUGAUGUGGUUGAUUUUCCGUGUCGGCAAAACCUGAGGCGCGGUUUAGAGCUUCGCGUCGUUGUUACCUUGAGCUUCAAAGCUCCAUCAACCUCCGCCGACUAUUCCAAAAGACAACACAACAACCUUCUUCCAAAAUCAACAACCUCGAAUCAACCUUGAUCAUGAAUCACCUUCCACAAGCUUGGGGACGUCCCAGGGACGAUGUGUACGGCGCCUACGAUGCUUCAUACCUUCAAAGUAACGGUCCAAACCAACAUACUCAGUCGCCAAUUGUCACUGGUACAUCAGUCGUGGCGCUGAAGUUCAAGGAUGGUGUAGUUAUUGCAGCGGACAACCUGGCAUCAUAUGGUUCUCUCGCCAGAUUUACCGAUGUCAAGCGCCUGCGCACGUUUGCUGAUACUUCAGUCGUUGGCUUUGGUGGUGAUGUUUCGGACAUGCAAUACUUAGACCGACUCCUCAACUCCCUCGAUACAGAAGAAGCAUACAGCACCUCUGGCCACACACUCAAUGCCAAGAACCUCCAUACAUACCUAGCGAAAGUCUUCUACAAGCGUCGAUCCGAUUUCAACCCAUUAUGGAACCAAGUAUUGGUGGCUGGAUUGGAUGGAGAGGGCAAACCGUUCUUGGCCAGCGCUGAUCUGUUGGGAACAACGUUCAGUUCGCCCAGUCUGGCAACUGGCUUUGGAGCGAAUCUAGCUCAGCCUCUGUUGAGAAAGGUUGCACCUGAUGAGGAGGCUGCAUCGAAAUUGUCACAGGAGCAAGCUUUGGAGGCAGUCAAGGAGAGCAUGAAGGUCUUGUUCUACAGAGACGCCAGAAGUUUAGACAAGUACUCUAUCGCCGUUGUCACGAAGGAUGGAAUCGACUUGAAGGAGGACGAGAAACUUGAGAAGCAGAGUUGGGCAUUUGCCGACCAAAUUCGAGGUUACGGAACACAAGUCAACUAAAGCUAUGUGUUGCUUCAUUGUAUACUAGAUAUCAUUUGGUAUGAGACAUGACCAGAGGCGUUGCGUUACAUGGC